AUGGGAGCGCGGGGGGCGGAGACAGCGGUGCCACCGGCACCCGGGAACGGACCGGGACCACCGGGAUCCCCGGAGGGUCUGGGCCCGCCCCAGCCCCCGGUGCACCCGGAGGGACCGGGACCACCGGGACCGCCCCAGCCUUGGGCACAGCGGUGCCCCGCGCACCACCGGAGCCCCCGGGCCCCCCGGAUCCGCCGGUACCCCCGGGACCCAGCAGGGCCCCCAGACCAGCCAGGACACAGGAAUCGACCUUGGGACCCCCGCCGGGCUGGGCCGGGACCCCCGAGCCGCGGCAGCAGGUGUCCCCAUGGUGUCCCCAUGCUGCUCCUGGGCCUGCAGAGCCCCCGCCUGUCCUUCCCCGGGGGUCUCCUGGUGGGCUUCAUCAGCACCUUCCUCCUCCUCCGCGGCCUCCUGCUGCCCCCGCCGGUGCCCGCCCCCAGCCGGGACCCCCGGGUGCCCCAUGGCCCCCCCGGGACCCCCCCGUACCCCGCGCUCUACGGCGCGGCCCCGUCGGACGCUGCAGGCGAGGACGCGGCGGUGGCGCGGGCGCUGUUCCGGCGGGUGCGGGUGCUGUGCUGGGUGCUGACAGCGCCCCAAACCCUGGAGAGCCGGGCCCGCCACGUGCGGGACACCUGGGCGCGACACUGCAACGUGGCGCUGUUCGUCAGCUCCGAGCCCGCCCCGACCUUCCCCGCGCUGGGGCUGGGGGUGCCCGAGGGCCGGGGGCAGCUCUACCGCAAAACCGCCCGGGCGCUGCUCUUCGUGCACCGGCACCUCCGCGCCAGCGCCGAGUGGUUCCUCAAGGCCGACGACGACACCUUCGUGCUGCUGGACAACCUGCGCUGGCUGCUGGCGCCGCUCCCGCCGCAGCGGCCGCUCUACCUCGGCAAACGCUUCCGUCCCUUCGCCCGCCAGGGCUACAUGAGCGGCGGGGCCGGUUACGUGCUCAGCCGGGGCGCUCUGAGCCGCCUGGCCCCCGCCCUGGCCCGCGGCUCCUGCGGGCGCGGCGGCCCCGAGGAGGACGUGGCGCUGGGACGGUGCCUGGAGCGGCUCGGCGUGCCCGCGGGGGACUCGCGGGACACGCGGGGACGGGAAACCUUCCACCCCUUCCCGCCCGAGAUCCACCUCACGCACCGCUUCGCCCGCGGCUUCUGGUACCCGCGCUACAGCUGGUACCCCGUGGUGGAGGGCCCGCAGUGCUGCUCGGACCUGGCCGUGUCCUUCCACUACGUGUCCGGGGAGGAGAUGUACGAGCUGGAGUACCUGAGCCAGCGGCUGCGGCCCUACGGCUACAGAGCCCGCUACCGCCCCCCGCUGAGCCCUCCCGGGACCCCCAACCGGCUGCAGCCGGGCGGGGUUGGCCCCACCCAGUCCCACCGGCCACGCCCACACACGACCACGCCCCACGAGGCACCGCCCACCCACCAGGCACCGCCCACGCGCUCGCAAUCUUAG